AUGCGCCGACCGACUUCCUUCUCGUACACUUUACUAGUCUCCGAUUCCGACAACGACUCUCGAUGCUUCGGCAAUGAUUGGGCGAUCGCAAUGUCGGCAGCCACCAGCACGAAAUGUGCUUCGCGAUGGGUGACGCGCAUCAUCCCCAUCAUAAUAACCGGCACCAGUGGCUACGCUACUUACGUGAUUGUCGCCUACCUGGGAGUCGACUACCUUUAUAGGAACAGAGGCGAGGUUGGUACAGCUAUCGCGACGAUAACCAUUUACCUCUUUUUCUACAUUCUCACGAUCGUGACCUACCUUCGAACCUUCCUGAAGAUCAAAAAAGAUCCUGGUCUAGUUCCUCUGGGCCCCCAGGCACAACUACCUGCGAGAGAAUCGAGCCAAAGGCGGAAGCGAAGGAAGGAGGGAGACCUAGAGAGCCAGCCGUACUUCACCGGUCCUGACCAGAACCCGGACAGCCCCGGAUUGGAAGAAUUUUACAGCAGAGACGUAUUUGUAUGCGAGAGCGACGGACGGCCAAAGUGGUGCUCCGAAUGUCGCAACUGGAAACCCGAUCGUGCCCAUCACUCCAGCGAAGUCGGGCGAUGUGUGCGAAAGAUGGACCACUAUUGCCCUUGGGUCGGUGGUAUGGUGUCAGAAACUUCGUUCAAAUUCUUUGCUCAGUUUACCUUUUACUGCACUCUUUACUGCACUAUUUCACUUGCGACGGCAGCUUACUGCCUCUCGAGACAAUUGCGGGAUGGCUCUAUUGACGGCCGGACCAUAUCAGGCGUUGCCAUUGCCGGCUUCUUUGGUUUGUUCACGUUUCUUAUGACAGCAACAUCCUGGCGUUUCAUAUUCCUCAACAUAACCAACAUCGAUGCCCUUCGUAAGUCGUGGACGCAUCAGCUAGCGCUCCGAGUCCCCAACAACACGGUUUCAGGAAGUGGAUAUGGGAUAGUCACAUAUCCCCUGCCAAAGUACCCGCAAGGCGUCCCAACAUCUUCGGACGGCACUGUCGAUAGCACCUCUCCCCGAGACCGCCUCGCAACGAGAGUGUUUGCUGUUGUUUCAACCGAGCCGGACGAGAACCCCUGGGACCUUGGGUGGAGGAGAAACUGGACCUCAGUCAUGGGGAACAGUUUGAUUGAUUGGCUCCUACCCAUACGCGGAUCGCCUUGCGCUAUUCACGAUAGCAUGCACAGCGAUUACGAGAUGGGUCCAGUAUUGCAGGCUCUGAGGGCGAGACAUGGGCUAAGGGAUCCUAAUCAACCGUCAAAUGAGGUCGAGAUGCAGGAAUUGAGGGUAAGUAGUCAUUGA